GUGAAACCUCAACACAACUCGAAACUCAUGAGUACGAGUCUGGAGAAGAAACAAUUCCAGAUAGUGAUGAAUGGUUGCCACAACUAACAGUUACAACAGAACCCGCGGUUGUUGAAAUCACUGGUCGACGAAUAGUAAAUAUUAGUCACUUACUAAAACAACUAACAGAGCUGGCAAAACAUGGCAAUGUUUGCACUCAGGGACAAUACAAGAUUACUUCAGAAAGGAGGGUUGGCGUGAUGAGUUACUUAUAUUACGAGUGUAUAAUGUGUGAGAAAACUGUGACUGUAACAACAGAAGAAGAUACGAGAAAAGAAGAAGUCAACGACGCUUUCGUGUGGGGUGCAUUGUCAGUUGGAAUUGGCCAUUAUCAAAGUCAAGAGAUGAUGGCCAUCUUGGACGUUCCCAUCAUGGAUAAGCGAAAAUGGCAAAGACAUGAAAUUCGUAUUGAAGAGGUCUGGGAAGAAAAACUGGAGACAUACAUGCAAAAAAAAUGGAACAGUAGAGAGAAAGAAGGCCUUGGAAAGAGGCCACGUAGACAACGAUGGCGUUCCGUACAUCUCUGUUUAUGUAGACGGUGCAUGGUGUAAGCGAACAUACGGACAUGCUUUCAACGCAGCAUCAGGGGUUGCAUGCAUAAUCGGAGUUGAAACCAAUGGAUUGCUAUUCAUUGGAAUAAAAAAUAAAUAUUGCUACGUAUGUAAUCAGACUAAACCAGGAGAAGAAAGUAAACAACAUUUGUGUUAUAAGAACUUCUCUGGUGCUUCUACUGCGAUGGAACAGGAAAUUUUAGUGCAAGGAUUUUGUGAGAGUGAAAAUAUGCAUGGGUUACGAUAUAAAUUCAUAGUAGGAGAUGGUGAUUCAAGUACCUACGUAAAAAUUCAACAAAACGUAAGCUACGGGAGGCAUGUUGUGAAAAUGGAAUGUGCAAAUCACGCUGUAAAAAACUACACAGGAAAACUGCAUAAAAUUGCAAAGGAUACAGUUCAUCCUAUAUCGGGACGAAAGUGUCUGUCUCAAUUAAUUCCACGCCUUACACGAGCAGCGAGAUCAGCAAUUUCAAGUGCUGGUCGCAGCAACAGCAACAGUGAAAUACUUCGUGCAGAUCUCAGAAAUGGACCUCACCACGUGUUUGGGGACCACAGUAACUGUCGCGAUACUUACUGUAGCCGUAAGGAUUACAAUGAGGAAGAUAAAGUGGCCUUGCUAUUGCCAACUACUUUAUGGCCGGCUCUUCAGAUGGCACUAGAUCCAUUGGUACAAAAAGCUGAUAGAUUAGUUGGAAACUACACCACAAAUCAAGCAGAACGCUUCAUGAGCCUUGUAUCAAAGUUCUCUGGUGGUAAACGUACAGACGUAGGCAAGAAGGGACGUUACAAACGGUGUUGCUUGGCGUCAGGCUUGUCUCACGUUAAAGGGCCACAUUGGCAUGCUUCACCACUAAAAAAAAUGUUUGGUCGAAGCCCAGGAGCUAUAUAUAAAAAAGUGUUCAAUACACGAGCUAGAGCUUCAGAAAGGGGCAUAAAGAGAAAAUCAGCACCUGAAGCCAUGUUCCGGGUCGUGCAUGUCACGAGGCGAGGGUGUGAACCGUCAGCGGCGCCCGCGGGGAGGAACAGGGGCGCGCCGGCAGGGGCGAUGGUGCUGCUACCUCGUGCCAGCCACCGCGGCGGCUUGCGGCAUGGCGUGUCGGGGUCUCGCUCCGACCCCGCCCGUGGUCCCUCCGGGGGCCACCGUCGUCUCCGCCAGGCAGGGCUAUUGUUAGACUUGCCCCAGCGCCCCGACGGCAGGGGGUUGCAGGACGUGCCGCAAUUACGGCACCGACUCCCCUUCUCUCUCCCUCUCUCCCUCUCCGGCCACGGGGGCGAAGUUAAUUCUCACUUGCCUCGGGGAGAGACGGCGAAGAAGGAGGAGAAGAAGAAGAAGACGGGUCGUGGAGUCCUCGCGGAGAAGGAAGAAGCAUGGAAGGGCCAGAGGAACGACAGAGGAAACGAGGGUUGCGGCUCGAUAAGGGCCCCCGGAGGCGAGCUGCAGCCUACGCACAGCCUGGCCGCGCCCAAGGAGAGGCCGCCGACCAGCACAGAGGCCAGCGUGGCUCAAGUCAACUACAACCACGGAGACCCGAUGCAGAUGGACGACGACAAAGCAAACGAACGAAACGCCCUGAGCUGA